AUGACAGACCAAACAGACCGCGGAAUCAUCUCAGACCUCGCGGGGAAAUUCACCGGUCAACCUCCCGUCCCAGGCAACAACAACAACAACAACACCACCGGCGAGAAGCACGACGAUAAUAAGGGUUUGAAGAUUGGGAUCGUGAAAUAUUUCGAGCGGGAGCGAGUGAGGUGGGGGACUGGGGCGGAGGAAUGCUUGGGGACUGUGCCAACGAUCGCGCCGGAGCGGAGCGUGGGAAUGCUUGAGGGUUCCGGCGAUAGCGAGGAGAAUUGCGGAUCACACACCAUCCCAAUGUCCUCGUCGCAAGCGGAAUGUCCUCGUCGCAAGCGGAGCGAGCAGGGUAUCGUUCCACCAUCCGCUCCAUCCCAAUGCAUCCGCGCCAGGAACAGUCAUCGUGAACCCUCAUUCUCACACUCCCACUCUCCACUUCCCCUCUCACUCCCCUCAGGCGUCGGCUACCUAGCCUACGAACAAUGGCUCGCGCACCAGAAAAAGUCUCACAACGAAAGCACCGUUUCCGAAUUCCAGAAACUCGCUUCCACCUCGGGUUCCUCGGGUGAUAAGCAUAAGGAGAAGGGCGAGAAGAACGAGAAGAACGAGAAGAACGAGAAGAAGGACAAGAAGGAUAAAGAUGGGAAGGAGAAGAAACAUAAGGAUGGCGAGAAGAAACAUAAGAAGGAGAAGAAGGGGAGUGGGAGUGAUAGUUCGUCGAGUAGUUCGGACAGUGACUAG